AUGGAAUACACUGUGAAGGAUUCGGAUACUUUAGCAAGGAUAGCAGCGUUUCACGAUUGUACAAUUAGUGAACUAAUGAAAUUGAAUAAAUUGGGCAGCCGUAUGAUAUUUCCUGGUCAGAAGCUUCUUGUUCCUUCAUUCACUGAAAAAUAUGAAGUAUCAUUAGGAAAUCACGUCGAUUCUGCUUCACCGUUAGCCGAACUGGAGUCGUUAAAUAUACAGUCAGGUGCUGCAUCAGAAAAUGCCACUGUCUCUACUUUAAACACCAAUGAUGACGAUGGAAUCCGUAAAGGACCAGGCAUAGCAAUUUUAAAAACUCCAACAAUGGAUAAUGAUGUCGCUCAAAUACAUAAAAGUCCAAAAAAUACUGUUAAAGAUGCUUCACUCGAUGAAGACGUCGACACGGAUUGCUUGAGAAGAUUUUUGAAGAUAAAAGUCAAAAAAAUCAAUGAAAAAACUGGGACAGUAAGUGGCACUCUUCUGGUGACACCAAAUGCUUUAAUGUUUGAUCCUGAUGUUAAUCAUCCUCUUGUUAUUGAAAAUGGACAGGAAAUCUAUAUAAUGAUGGCAAGGAUGGAAGAUAUUGCUUGUAUAGCAUUGUAUAAAGAGAGGCACGAGACGGUUGGCAAAGAUACUUAUACCAAUUCUGCAGUUUCAAGUUGUGGUAAUUUAGCUGCGCCCUUGGACGAUGAAAGUGGGUCAAGACAGAUCAAAGACUCUACAGCAGGAUUUGAAUUUGCUGAUUCAUCCAACGGUUCAUUAGAUUCAUAUGGCUCGUAUUUGGCUAAACUUGAAAACGAGCCUAUCAAUAACUUGGACUCCGGCGAAAUUCCAGUCAACCAGAUUUUGAGUCGAGCCAAUGAACUUCAAUUUUCACCCUUUGUAAAUAAUGAUUUGGACAAAGGGCGAUCGGCUUCACUUCAUGGAAAAUCAGAAGAUGCUCACGCAAAUAGUAUUCGUGGAACAGUGGCAUCGAGUGCGGAACGAAUGACUCAAACUGCGGUCAGCGGUACGAUGACCGUUGCCCACGGCGUAGCUUCUCAUACUAAAUCUGCUGCCGGUUCUUUACAAACGGGUAUUCAAGCAAGCGCCAAAUUGGCAGCAACUCAUGCAAAGGUUGCUGUUGACGUAGUGGCAUCCAUGCCGCAAGGCAUUGCUAUGAUAGGUAGUGAAUUGUUCAGUGAUGGUCAACAAACAUCGCAACAACUUAAACAGAUGAACGAAAAAGCCACAGAAUCGCUUCGAUGUCAACAAAACUUGGCAACAUUGAAAACACUGCAAGAAAAAACAAUUUUAGCCAGAGAAAAAGCAAAAAAAGAGAGAGGAAUCCUAUUUUCUUGUGCUACCUCGUUGGGCGAUGAGCCUGAUUUAUUUCGACAUGUUGAUGAAUUGUUAGGAAAUCGUUCCGCUGAUAUGCCUUGUUACAUGACUGUGCGGUUGAAAUAUGCGUUGAAUUUUGAACAAAGAAAUAUCGGAGGAGUUAGUUGUGGUGUGAGGGAAUUAUUUGAUUUUCGUGAAUACGAUGCAAAUUUCGAAGAGAUAUUAAUUGAAGUAAGAUUUCCGGUUCCAGGUGAGGAUAAUUUUUUGGUGAUUAGUCAAGAAGAUCGCUUCUGGUUUGCCAUUCCAAGUCGUCAUGUCGAUUCACUCUAUUAUUUCCUUUUGCAGUGGGCUCCUGAGAGAAACAGUUUGGAGAAUAUGGUACCAUCUCAUGGAAAAGAUUCUAAUUAUGUAGGAAAUAAUCACUCAUUUGUUGAUUUCAACGGCACUGAAUUUCUUGUGCUUAAUUCAAAUACUGAUGAUAAAUUAGCAGGAAUAUUCAUUGCUCGUAUAAGCGCUUAUAAAUAUUAA